GAAGCCCGCACCUCUCCUGCGGUUAGCCUGACUGAAGCGAUUAGCAGCGAGGAGGUAAACAGGAACAAAGUAGGAAAAACUCUCUGGAGUUCGGUCGUUACUCCAGAACCGCUGUUUGGACCUUUGCUCGCUACUUUUCCUCCGCAUCGAAGGAUCUUUGAAGGUUCCGGAAGUUCUGUGGAUGAUUCCGGUCUGAGAGGCGCGAGGACUAACAAACUACAAUAGAUGAAGCUAAGCUAAGAGGCUAGGCUAACAGCUCCUGCAGAAACUAAUAGUCUCAUUUAGUUUUUAAAUAUUAUUCGGUUUUAGUGACGGGGAACAUAGGCUAGUUAAUUGUUGGAUUUAUUUGUUUUUAUCUUUGUCGGACUAACAGCGUUUAGCAGCAGGUUUAUCGGCGCUAGAAGAAGAGCUGAGCUCGGAUUCAUCCAGAACCACCAGGCGGGGAGUUCUGCUGGGUUCGGCGGUUCUGUUGGUCCUUCCUGGACGAGCUGGUCUGACAGGGUAGUUAGCAUGGAGGCUGCGGAGCCUGGCCGCGGGAACUUGGAGCGGUUACAUAACGCCUGCAGGUCGGCAGAGAAGCUGUUGAACGUCUCCUCCUCCUCCACCUCCUCCUCCUCCUCCUCAGCCUCGCUGUGACGGUUCUGCUCACAAACAGCCUCUUCAGACCAUCAGCAAGCAGACGGCCGCAGCAUGGAGGGGCUGUGAGCCCGCAGAGAGCCAGCAGGCUGAUCCCGCUCAGACCAUGGAGUCCAACCCGCUGAUUAACGCCUUGGACCCCUCCAUCACUCUGUGGCAGUUCCUGCUCCACCUGCUGGAGGACCAGCGCCAGCGGCACCUCAUCUCCUGGACGGGGGAGGAUGGCGAGUUCAAGCUGCUGGAUGCUGAGGAGGUCGCCCGGCUCUGGGGGCUCCGCAAGAACAAGCACAACAUGAACUACGAUAAACUGAGCCGGGCGCUCCGCUACUACUACGACAAGAACAUUAUUAAGAAGGUCAGCGGUCAGAAGUUUGUCUAUAAGUUUGUGAGUCAGCCUGACCCGUCCAUGCCUGACGGGACACGCAGCGCCGAGGACGCCCAGAAGAAGGACCCGGCUGACCUGAGCAGCCAGCCCAAAGGCCCGGGGGGCGUGUCCUCAGGCUGCCAGUCGAAGGGCUUGCUCCAGCGCUCCUCACCCAGCGCCGCCCAGAAGAGCUCCAGGAACGACUAUAUGAAGUCUGGCCUCUACUCGACCUUCACCAUCCAGUCCCUGCAGAACCUUCCUAACCCUCGGCCAAUCAAAUCAGAGCUCCUGCUGCAGCAGGACUCCGCCCCCAAGGCGGUCUGCCUGCUGCCAGAGAGUAAAGCAUCUCCGCCUGCAGGUGGCGCCACUGACCCGUCUCUCGAGGUGAUCGUCACACAGACGUCUCCCUGUCCCACUCCGGCCCUGAGCCCGCAGAUCCCAGCCAACCCCAGCAGCCAAUCACAGAACCUGACUGGAGCCCCUCGGAGUGACCCGCCUCCCAUUUACCUCACCAACGUCGGAGACCCCGCCUCCCUCACCCCCCUCCUCCCUCUCGCUCCCAACGGAGGCGGGACAGGAAGUUCUGGUCCUACUCCCCACGUUACGGCAGCCCCUGAGGGACCUCGGCAGGACGACUGUGGCGGGGUCCACCCUCAGUCCCACCCCGUGUUUGUCAUCAUCAACCCCUCUCCUCCUCAGCAACAGGCCGCGCCCUCCCUUCAGGCUCCGCCCCCUCCCAUCAUCAUCAAGGAGGAGAACCUGCCUUCGGAGGCCGAGCUGCUGGACAUGGUGGUUCUGGACAGGAAGCAGGGCGAGGAGGUUCCUCAGCUCGUCUGUCGCUCAACAGAACCAGAACCGCCCCUCACCAUAGUAGAGAGCCCCCCGCCUCCAGCGAUGGAUGUUCAGCAGGAGGUGGAGGAGGGCGAGGCCCAGGACUCCCCAUCAGAACCUGCAGUGACCUCUUCCUCCUCCUCCUCUUCCUCCACCGCGGUGACCUCGCGCUCUGGAACGGCCCCUCCCAAACCCAAGAAGCCCCGGAUCCUGGAGCUGCCGUCCACCCCCACUCUCCCCCCUGGCCUCUCGCUGGAUAAGGUCAAUGCAGCAGUGAACAGUUUGCUGGCGCCGGGCUCUGCCACCAACACGCUCACGCCGACCGUCAUCACCUCCCACGCUCUGACGCCGGUGCUGCUGACCCCCAACGCUCUCCCCUCCACCAUCCACUUCUGGAGCACGCUCAGCCCCAUCGCGCCGCGCUCGCCGGCAAAGCUGUCCUUCCAGUUCCCAGCAAACGGCAGCAAUCAGAUCCACGUCCCGGCGCUGAGCGUGGACGGACUCUCCACGCCGGUGGUUCUGUCCCCGGGGCCCCAGAAGCCCUGAGCCCGCCCCCUCCCACCCCCACGGGGCCCAGUCUGAUCUAAAGAAGCCUGGAGGACCAGAGGAGAGCUGGAUGGGGACCAAAUCUUGUUUACUCGGCGCCACCUGCUGGAGGUUCUGAUGAAGAUGAUGAUCUCCGUGCAGACGCCCUUCAUCCUCAUCGAACGCCGCCUCCUGCUCUCUCUUCCAGGUUUUUAGCGGCGCUCGCUGAAGAACUUUUAAAGGUCCGUAAACCGGAACCUGAGGAUUGUCUCCCCAUGAUACUCCGUCACCAUGGCGAUGAUCAGGACUGUUUGUAAACUAUUUAUUUCCGUUUCUGCACGUCUCUCGUUUUUCGCCAAACUGGCUCCAAACGAACAUUUCUGAUCAGAGGGUGGAUCUUCCCUCUGAUUGGCUGACGGAGGAGGCCACGCCCUCCCAUCAUUGACCGAACCGGCCAAUCAGGGAGGGCGCUCUCUGGCAUUCCUGUGUUUCUUGUUAUAAUGGGAUGUUUUGAUGCUAUGAGCAGACGGAACCGGAUCCAACCGAUAAAGCCAGGGCCUGGUCUGAUCGUCAUGGUAACACGCUGAUCCAUAGUGGAAUUCAGUGGGAUCUUUGGACCAGAACCGCUCUGAUUGGAUCAGAACCUUAAACCAGCUGCUGUAGAAUGGAUCAGAAGAACUUGGAUCUCUUGGGUUCUGGUUUCCAGAGAGCUUUCAGAACCGACGGACGGGUCAGGAAUAUUGGACCUUUUUACGUCCCGCUUCCUUUGACUUCUGACUUUUAACCGGAUCCGAUUCAGGACGUUUGGUCCUGGAGGAUCCCAUUGAUGUUUUUACUUAUAAAACAAAAAGAAAAGUUUUAUUCAAAUCAACAAAAAAAAAACACAUCAAAGCGCUAAAGAUGAUCACCAGAAUAGAUGUGACCUUUGAACCCCGGCCCAGUGGCGGCUGAUGAUGAUGAUGCUGGGCGUGAUGAAGAAUCCAGACAAUCAGCAAAGGUCAACGGGAGGUUUGUGGAGCUGCUCAGAUCAUCACUCAAGACUGUUGUUGUUGUCGUUGCCAUGGAAACCUGACAUGACUGUUGCUAAGCUGCAGAUUGUUGUUGUUGCCAUUGCUGCCGUUCUAAGUGUUUUCUGUGCUUUCUGCGGGAUGCUGAGGCCGCCGGGCCGCACCAGAACCUUUUCGCUGGCCCCUCAUUUCUCCGGCCUGCCCUUCUCGCGUUACCAUGGUUACACACGGGUGGUGACUGAGGGGGAACCGAUUAAAUCAUAUUUUUUUUA